AUGAUACGACUUAUUCAACGUUUACUUAAAUAUACAUCAAUAAAACAUAUUGCUUAUCAAUUAUUAAUUGAUCCAUUGGAAACUGAAAAAUUCAGAAUACUUUGUUCAAUUGAAGGUCAAACAUGUCAGUAUAUAUUUCGUGUUAUUAAUGAAAAUACAAAUACUAGUAGUCAUAGUUCUAAAUCUUAUUUUACUGAUUCAUUGUCUUCACUAUAA